AUGUCCAACAUCAGGACCAUCGCCUUCUUCGGGGCCUCCGGCGGCUGCGGCCUCGCGGCCCUCAAGCACUCCCUGGCCGCGGGCUACGUCUGCGUCGCCCUCUGCCGCAACCCGGCCAAGAUGACGGACGCACUCCCGGAAGCCCAGAACCCCAACCUGGUGGUCAAGCAAGGCAACGCGCACAACGUCGACGACGUGGCCGCGUGCCUGGUCAACCCGACGGACCCGGACCGCCUCGUGGACGCGGUCUGCUUCAGCAUCGGCAGCCCCCUGAACCUGUGCAAGAUGACGGUGGAGGACCCGGACGUGUGCAAGAACGGGAUCGCGGCGGUGCUGGGCGCGCUGGAGCGGCUGCGGGCCAAGGGUGUCGGCGUCGGCGUCGAGGGCAAGCCGGCGCGGGUGGUGGCCAUCUCGACGACGGGCAUCUCGGAGAACCAGAGGGACGUGCCGGUGCUGCAGGUGCCGAUGUACCACGUGCUCCUCAAGGCGCCGCACGCGGACAAGAAGGUCAUGGAGGAGAGGCUGGCGGGCAGCGGGGAGGAGUGGACUUUUGUGAGGCCGGCGUUCCUGAGCGACGGGGCGGACCCGGCGAAGAGGGUCCGGGUCGGGGUGGAGGAUCCCGGGACGGGGGUUGUGGAGAGCAAGGCGGUGGGGUACGGGAUCUCGAGGGAGGAUGUCGGGAGGUGGAUUUUUGAGAAUCUUUUGAGGGACGGGGGGAGGCAGUAUGUCAGGAAGGCUGUUUCUAUUACCUGGUGA